AUGAAUUACUCGAAUAUAGUAAAUGAUGUAUGUCUAGUCUGGAUAGAGAGUUUAAUGGCAGUUAAAGCGAGAGAUGCCAUAUGCACAUUGCUCGAUAGUGUCCAAGUUUACCAUGCGGCAAUUAUCUGUUUCCGUACCAUUUCCUCAAUUACAAUAUGUAAGGAAAGGGUAAAACAACCACAACCUAAGAUAAUAUCAUCAAGAAAGUGUGGUGAUAAAAAUGACAAUGGUGAACAUGCAACUGUUGGAAACCCCAUCACUCACGCAUCAAAUCAGUACCCACUCCCCCGAUCCAUUGAGAGUUAG